UGAUGUCUUCGGAAACGGUGUGAAGGACCUGAACUCCUCACAGAGAUGUUGGGCCCAAGUGGACGUCAUGUACAGUGAAUCUGGAGCUAUGGCCGAUUACUCCUCAUAAUAAACAGGAUACUCAGAUCCUUCUUCGCCAUCUUAAUCUAUCCUGGAAGUAACAUGGGAAUGUUAAUAUUUUAUUUCUGGAUUUAGUCAGGAAGGAGAACCGAGCAGCUACGGCGUUAUCUUGACCCACCACACAAGGUAUCCGCGCCAGAGAAAUACAGUUCGUGCUUUUGAAGAGCCAGCGCGUAAAACAGAAUGCAUUGGUGGCAAAGUAGUAAAACGAUCUAGAAUUGAGAUCUGUAUAUUGACUGACUUUUAUUGUUUGGUGAAUUCACGCCCAGGUCGUGGAAAAUAUAAUUAUUUGAAAAUGAAAGAAAAAUCGAAAAAUGCUGCCCGGACUCGACGGGAAAAGGAAAAUAGUGAAUUCUAUGAGCUGGCCAAACUAUUGCCUUUACCUUCUGCCAUCACGUCUCAGCUUGAUAAAGCUUCAAUUAUUCGACUCACAACAAGUUACUUGAAAAUGAGAAUUGUUUUUCCUGAAGGGCUGGGAGAGUCCUGGGGCCACGUGAGUCGGACCAGAUCUCUGGAUAAUGUUGGGCGAGAGCUGGGACCACAUCUGUUACAGACGUUGGACGGGUUCAUUUUUGUGGUUGCUCCGGACGGGAAAAUAAUGUACAUAUCUGAAACAGCAUCGGUCCAUUUGGGAUUAUCACAGGUAGAGCUGACGGGAAAUAGUAUUUACGAGUACAUCCACCCCGCUGACCACGACGAAAUGACAGCCGUGCUGACAGCUCACCAACCCUCCCACUCGCACUUUGUCCAAGAAUAUGAAAUGGAACGUUCGUUCUUCUUGAGAAUGAAAUGCGUCCUCGCGAAAAGAAAUGCUGGUCUCACAUGUGGUGGAUACAAGGUGAUCCACUGCAGCGGGUACCUAAAGAUCCGUCAGUACAGCCUGGACAUGUCUCCAUUUGAUGGCUGCUAUCAGAACGUGGGCUUGGUGGCGGUGGGCCACUCUCUACCCCCUAGCGCUGUCACUGAAAUCAAACUACACAGCAACAUGUUCAUGUUCAGAGCCAGCCUGGAUAUGAAGCUCAUCUUCCUCGACUCCAGGGUAGCUGAGCUGACGGGCUAUGAGCCCCAGGAUCUUAUAGAGAAGACACUCUAUCACCAUGUCCAUAGCUGUGACUCCUUCCACCUGAGAUGUGCACACCACUUGUUGCUGGUGAAAGGCCAAGUGACCACUAAAUACUAUAGGUUCCUGGCUAAGCAGGGGGGCUGGGUUUGGGUCCAGAGCUAUGCCACCAUCGUACACAACAGCCGUUCCUCCAGACCCCACUGUAUCGUCAGUGUCAACUACGUCCUCACGGAUACUGAGUAUAAAGGACUCCAGCUGUCUCUGGGCCAGGUGACAGACACCAAGCCCUCCUUUCCCUUCAGCAGUACUCCCACCAGCCUCACUGAGAACCGCAGAGCACCCAAGAGCAGAGUGUCCCGAGCCAAGGCCAAGUCCCGACUGUCCCCCUACACACAGUACGCUGGUUUCCAGGCCGAGCGGUCAGAGUCGGACCAGGACAGCCCUUGGGCCGGAUCUCCCCUCACAGACUCUGCUUCCCCUCAGCUGCUGGAGCAGGGUGAGGGGCUUGGCACCUCCUGUGCCUACAGGCAGUUCUCCGAGCCACGUCCCCUCUGCUACAGCCUCCCAAUCACUGAGGAGCAACACCACCACCACACCUCCAGCGACAGCCACUCCCACCUCGACACACACGGCCACAAGCAGACGUGCGAGCGGGGCCGCUGUGAGGCAGGGAGGUACUUCCUGGGUGCUCCCCAGGGUGGGAGAGAGGCGUGGUGGGGAGCUGCCCGCUCUGUGCUGCCCCUGGCCAAGACCUCAUCCCUGGAGAAUGGAGAGGGAUAUGAGAGCAGCGUGCCCCACAUCACAUCCAUCCACAGUCUGCAUAACCGUGGCCAAUGGGACCAGGACAGUGUGGUCAGCUCGCCAGACGGGGGCUCCGCCAGCGACUCUGGGGACCGUUACCGCGCAGACUACUUCCGGGCCAGCCCCCAGGAGCCAAGCAAGAUCGAGACCCUGAUCCGAGCCACGCAGCAGAUGAUCAAGGAGGAGGAGAAUCGUCUGCAGCACCGCAGCAAGCUCCACCCAGACACUGACACUCCUCUAGGGCCUGCCAACGGCCUACCGAAGGGCCCCGGCCCCUGCUUCACCACCGAAUACCCCCAGGGGGUGCUACAGAGUGUGUUGUGCCGUGGCCUGGGUCAGGUGAUCAGCCCCGGAUCAAGCCCUGCCCCUCUCUCCAGGCUCAGCAGCCCAGGCUCUGACCACCACCUCCCCAAGCCCAAAAACUACCUCCAGCAGACAGGACAGACAGACCUGUCCCCUCUCUCCCAGCCCCUGCACCACCAGCUUGGCCGUCCAGGCCCCUGCUCAUCCUCCUCCCCUACCCCUGCCCCAGCCCUCUACCCUUCCCACCCCCAAACCCAAACGGGGAGGCCUUAUCUGGACAAGCAAGCUGCUACCUACUCCCUGACGGGGAGGCCCUAUCUGGACAAGCAAGCUGCUACCUACUCCCUGACGGGCUAUGCCCUGGAGCACCUGUAUGACACCGAGAGCCUCAGGGACUUCUGUUCCUCCGCUGGCUCCACCCACUACGACGUGACUUCACACCUGCGCAUGCAGGCAGAGCAGGGGCCGGGACACAAGGGGACCUCCGUCAUCAUCACCAACGGCAGCUAACGCCCGCUUGUCCAAAAACACCAAGUCUAAAAUGUCAGCAUAUUCCCUACAUUAGGGAAUAGGGUGCCAUUUCCCUGCACGCUACUUUUGACCAAAACCUGCAUAGGGCUCUGGUCAAAAGUAAUGCACUACAUAGGGAAUAGGUUGACAUUUCGGGUGCACACUAAAACACAUGACGAAGAAACUGUAGAUCCAUGGAAUCUCCAUGCUAUAGCCCAGCCUCGACUGCCUCAUCUGCAUCUUAUCCAGCAAAAAUACUUUUUCCUAUCCUACUUCUUGUGUUUCCUUUUCUUUUAGUUUUUACAGAGCUACGUUAUUCCAUUUGCACUGUCAGAAAUGGAGUUUCAUUGUGGGAACCUCAUCCCUAGGGUUGAAGAUAGGGUUGUGGAUAUGUUUUGAGUUAACAGGGAAGGGUUCAACGUCAGUGCACUUUUUAGUGUUAGUCAGAAUCCCCUUAUCACAACACAACUCUAGAGUUCAAGUCAACUGACCUGGUUAAAUUGAUAUAUUUUUUGUCGGUGCUACAGACGGCUGUAUCUGUUUGCUAAUACAGGACUAGUAAAGGCCCAUGGCACUACUUUUGUGAUAAUAAUUCAGGGGGUACUGCAGCACCCCUACUUCCCAUAGCCUUGAUUAAAGGUGUGCAGUAUAGAGAUUAAGCAAAAAUGACACAAAAAAACUCCACAGACAUCAAUGAUUAUGCAAAUUCAUUCUAUCUAUGUUUUCCCCAGUAGGUAAGGUAUGGAUUAAGGGAAGUGUACCCACACUUUCAGAGAAAGCAAAGAGGGGAUUUAAGGGAUACAUGCAAGAGAUACAUAUGACUACAUUUACAUUGAGACAUACAGCAGUUCACCUGGACUGUCAGGUAGCUAGCUCUACUUGGGCUAAAUGUCUUGUUGGUGUGGAUAAAAACAGUUAUUAGUGCUUUGGUCUGUCACCUCAGUGAGGAUAACAACAUUAUAUACAACCUCUAAUGAACAACCUUAUUGAGAUGUGAUUACUUAGAGGCUAAAGGUCAAUAUGAUGAAGAGGAUUUUCUCAUUAGCCAGGUGUAGUGGUAAACGCUGAGGGGGAAUUUAGCAUGCUUACAAGCUAAACACUGAGGUAGGAGUUAGCAUCCUAACAAAGCUGAGGUGGGAGUUAGCAUGCUAACAAGGCUGAGGUCAGAGUUAGCAUGCUAACAAGGCUGAGGUGAGAGAAAGCAUGCUAACAAGGCUGACGUGAGAGUAAGCAUGCUAACUCGGCUGACAUGAGAGUAAGCAUGCUAUUUCGGCUGACGCGAGAGUUAGCAUGCUAACUCGGCUGACAUGAGAGUUAGCAUGCUAACACGGCUGAGGUGGGAGUUAGCAUGCUUAUAAGGUUGAACGUGUGUGUAUCUCCGAGGCAUGUCUUGUUAAAUUGUCAACAAGGGUAAUUGUACAGUUAUUGUACUGGAAAGAGAUGCUCAUUGUUUAUUGAACAUUUGAUGAGAUGAAGGAAAAAUCAAGAGAGGUGAAAUGGAGAGGUUGUGUUCUGCUGUGGUUGAUUGACUAGCACAGUGUUAAGGAGAGCGGUUAGGACACUUUCUGUCUAACAAUACAGAAUGAUGCCGUGGCAACGCUUGCUUGUACCAACAUGACGUUAGUUAUUAGUACCAUAAUAAUGAGUUAUAUGACAAUUCAUGAAAAAUUUUCACAAAGUCAUGAGACAUGCAGCAAUAUGCAAUCCAACCGGUUGGGUAGUCGUUUAGACAGCCUAAAUCAUCAUCACAUCUGUUCAUGCUAAUGCUUGCAUUACCUUUCACUAACGCUUGUGACAACCUUCAUAUCAUGUUUAUUAUACUGUUUUGAAGGCAGUGUGACACAUUUCAAACGUUCCCUUUAUUCUAUUGUAAAUGUGGUUACCAUAUCUCUUAUAUUUAUACGUUUGGAUUUGUUAGUUUUCUGAAUUGUGCUUCUCCAAAGUUAUUUAUGAUGUAAAUAUGCUCAGAAAAAGACACCACUUUGAAGCACAGGGGAAAAGUUGUAUUUAUUUAGUGAAUGUUUAUUUUGGGUUUUGAAAUAUAGUUGCAAUCAAAACAGUCUGCUUGCAUAUGAGUGUGUUUGAUUUAAACAAAUUCUAUGAAAAAAUUAAAUAAACAGAACACUUUUU